UACCACCAUAUGUAUAUGCUAUCACCGAAUACAGCUGAAUACAGCAUACGCCUUCCAGUAUGCUUAUAUUUCAGUGAAUCUAUCACUGCUUCGGAGUGGCGCUACUGACAAAGCCGCAUCAGCAGAAUAAAAAAUCAGCUGUUGUAUUGUGGCAUAUUCAUUGCUUGAAUUAAUAAAUACUAUGUUUUUUUCAUCAAUUUCGAAAAUAAAUUUGCCAAAACGUCCGGCAGGAUAAGUGAAGACGCUAAAUUCAAAUAUUGCGAUUGAUUGAUUCAUUAUGGCCGAGCGAGGAGCACAUUUAACAGGAACGAGUCACGCAAAACCUUCUAUUUUCGAAAUAGUUGCACAAGAUUCUUUAUAUUCAACGCUGCAGCCUGCAUUAAAACAAAUUAUUUCGUUUUUAGUGUCUUGUAAUCCUGCAAGGUAUGGUUGGCUGCAUCAAUGGUCUGAUGAAACAUAUCUGAUCUUCAACACAUUCCUCCAAAAUUAUUACCUGAAGAAUUAUUCUGCAUCUUUUUCUGAAACUUUUUAUGGACUUAAACGUAUUUCUCUUAGUGAACCCAAAAAAAGAGGAAGAUUGUCUGGUAAACAAAAAAACUUGUCUUUAAUUUUUCUUGUUCUGGGUCCUUAUUUUAAGGAUAAAAUUACCAAAUUUAGUAAUGAACAAAGGCUUAAUGAACUAGAUGGUCAGUUAUCAAAGAAGGGUUGGCAAAGAUUAUUGUCAAAAUAUAUUGCCAAGGGGCAUACAAUUUUUCACAUACUGGGAGAGGUCUUAGCAUUAUAUCAAUAUCUGCUUUAUAUCUCCAAUUUGUCAUCUUACCCAACACCAUUUCUGUGGUUCGCUUCUUUAACAUUAACAUAUGCUGAUCCACAAAUUAGUUUAACAACAGCAGACCUAUUAAGAAAAAUUAAACUUGGGACGUUUAACUUUAAAGAUGGAAUAGAACUAUUCCAACAAACAGUCACAUGUUCUCUUGAAUUUGGUGCAUUCUUCCUUCAGUUUCUUCAAUGGUGGAAUCAGGAACAUUAUUAUAAGAGUCUUACUACAGUUCCAAUUCCACCUGCUCCAGUGAAUCAGCCAAAAAGUAUGCAGGGAUAUGUCCAAUAUGUCACAAGAAACGUCGAAUUGAUACGGGUGUAGCUGUAUCAGGCUAUGUCUUCUGUUAUCAAUGCAUUCUAAUUGAAAUACGUAGAAACGGAAGAUGUCCGGUUACACAUUAUCCUGCAAAAGAAGAUGAUUUAGUUCGACUGUAUAUAGAAUAAAGACUUCUUCAUGAAGGUCCCCAGCAUCUUCAACAGAGACUUGGCGCAGGUUGCUAAUUAACUAGGAUGGCCUUGUUUAACAAAAGAAACGAAAAGAAAGUGGUACGCGGUUGCAUUAUCUUAGAACGGUAUUUGAUACUUUUUGUCUCCAUGUAUAAACUGAUUUAUAAUAUAAGGUACAUUAAGUUACCUUUUCGUAUUGUACUACGCGGUUUACAAGAUGCGAUAUUACAUAUCUGUCAAUAACAAUAAUAAAUUAGCUUAUUUCUAAUAAUAUAAGGUGAUACAUUGUAAAUUUAAAUAUGUUAUGCAAAUGUAACAUGUUCUAAA